AUGUGUUAUAUUCAAUAUAAUCUUUUAUCAAUCCUUGAAGACAUCUCAAAUUCCCUUAUUCCAAAUAAUGAAGCUGCUCAGAGUUUUGACAUAAACCUAUUGCUUAAUUGUACACGGUCUACAAAUGAUCCAACUACACGUAAUCAUGUCUUCUCAUUGUUGUCAGCAGUUUCAAAAGUUUUACCAGAAAGAAUAUUGGAUCACAUUCUUGAUAUUCUUAGUGUCAUUUGCGAAUCAGCUGUAACACAGGCUCUAGGGCUUGUAUGUGACAUGGGAAAAGAGUUGACCAUGUUGACUCAAAAGCAUAACAAGAGAGUAAUGAAUCCAUGUGUCAGAUGCUCAUGGCUUCGUUUUGAUGAAGUUGCAUCGCGGCACUUUGAAAAAAUGUUACAUGAGAUCUUGAAGAUAGUUGAUGAUAAUAUCAACACUUCAAAACAUGCUUCCUUGAGACUUUCUUCCAUUUCUACCCUUGAAAGUUUAGUGACAAUUUUUCCUUCUAGUGAUUCCGUUUUUAACACAUGUCUAGCAAUUGUCAUCAAACACAUACAUUCAGAAGACUUGGCUAUAUCUUCCGGAUGCUUCCGGACUGUUGGCGCUUUAAUUAAUGUUCUUGGACCCAGGGCACUCCGUGAAUUUCCUAGUAUCAUGAACCAUGUCUUUUAG